UCAGCUGGGUGAGGCCGGGCUCGGGCGGGGCCGGCAGGGUCCGCAGGGCCCGGGGCUCGUUACAGCGGUUCUACCCCUCACCACGCAGACAUGGCGGCCGAGAGGGACCAGCAGAAGGAUGCCGAGGCGGAAGGGCUGAGCGCCGCGACCCUGCUGCCGAAACUGAUCCCGUCCGGCGUAGGCCGUGAGUGGCUGGAGCGGCGCCGCGCGACCAUCCGGCCCUGGGGCUCCUUCGUGGACCAGCGGCGCUUCUCGCGGCCCCGCAACCUGGGCGAGCUGUGCCAGCGCCUCGUGCGCAACGUGGAGUACUACCAGAGCAACUACGUCUUCGUGUUCCUGGGCCUCAUCGUAUACUGCGUGGUGACGUCCCCUAUGCUGCUGGUGGCUCUGGCCGUCUUCUUUGGCGCCUGUUACAUCCUCUAUCUGCGCACGUUGCAGUCCAAGUUUGUGCUUUUUGGCCGAGAGGUGAGCCCAGCCCAUCAGUACGCUCUGGCAGGGGCCGUCUCCUUCCCCUUCUUCUGGCUGGCUGGCGCGGGCUCUGCCGUCUUCUGGGUCCUGGGAGCCACCCUCGUGGUCAUUGGCUCCCAUGCCGCCUUCCACCUGACGGAGGCCGUAGACGGGGAAGAGCUGCAGAUGGAGCCUGUGUGAGGUGUCUUCGAGGAUCUGCCAGCCUUCCAAGCCAGCCGCCCCAUCCCUGUCCAGCCCUGUCCCGCGCGGCUCUUUUGCUCCGGCCAAAGGCCCCCUUCUCGUCACAAGCCCAGGGAGGGACUCCGGCUUUGGAAAUAAAACCGUUACAGUUGUCAUUCAGCAAA